AUGCUGCCCAGGGCAGCCCGACCGCCGUGCCUGCGUGUCCCCGGACACUUCGCACACCGCGGUCCCGCAGUCCCGCGCUCCACGCCGCGGAUAAGUACACGGCAUAGCAUUCAGUUCAGAGUAUUCUCGACAAGCAAAGGUCUCUUGAACAAAAAUGCUACUUCAGAACCAAAGACGCCCAUUUCCGGUUCUCCGCUCGCCCCUCAAUCAGCGGACCAGAAAACGAAGAAUGCACAAAAUGCCGCGGGCACGCCGAAGAGAGAUCUUCUAAGCGAAACUAUGGUGGGAAAGCAGGAACAAAGGAAGGCAGAUUGGGCGAUCAUGAAAGAAAUGGCCAAAUACCUCUGGCCUAAGGAUGAUUGGGGUACGAAGCUGCGCGUCGGAACCGCCCUGUCGUUACUAGUUGGAGCAAAGAUUCUCAACGUGAAUGUGCCAUUUUACUUCAAGAGCAUUGUCGACUCGAUGAAUGUGGACUUUGCCGCAAUUGGCGGGACGGCGUAUACAGUUGCGGGCUCUAUGAUCAUAGCUUAUGGUGUUACCAGGAUUGGCGCUACACUUUUCCAAGAACUUCGAAACGCCGUAUUCGCUAGCGUUGCCCAGAAGGCAAUCCGCAGAGUUGCACGAAAUGUGUUCGAGCAUCUGUUACGACUGGACCUCAAUUUCCACCUUAGCAGACAAACCGGUGGCUUGACUCGGGCAAUUGAUCGCGGAACGAAAGGCAUCAGCUUCCUAUUGACAUCGAUGGUCUUCCACGUCGUUCCUACUGCUCUUGAGAUAUCUCUUGUGUGCGGAAUAUUGACAUAUCAAUAUGGCGCGCAAUUUGCUGCGAUCACGGCUGCUACCAUGGUAGCAUACUCUGCUUUCACAAUAACAACUACUGCAUGGAGAACCAAGUUCCGGAAACAGGCCAAUGCUGCGGAUAAUCGCGGUGCCACAGUAGCCGUGGAUUCUUUGAUCAACUACGAGGCUGUCAAGUACUUUAACAACGAGAAAUUUGAGGUCGCACGGUAUGAUAAAGCGCUUAAAGCUUAUGAAGACGCCUCUAUCAAGGUAACGACGUCGUUGGCUUUUCUCAAUUCCGGUCAGAACAUGAUUUUUUCAAGUGCACUUGCCGGCAUGAUGUACCUCGCGGCAAAUGGAGUCGCCAGUGGUUCGUUGACUGUUGGAGACCUGGUUAUGGUCAAUCAGCUUGUCUUCCAACUGUCAGUACCUCUGAACUUCCUUGGUUCUGUGUACCGUGAAUUACGUCAGUCUUUGCUGGACAUGGAGACCCUAUUCAACCUGCAGAAGGUCAAUGUGAAUAUCACGGAAAAGCCGAAUGCGAAACCCCUGCAGCUCCACCGCGGCGGGGAGAUCAAAUUCGAGAAUGUGACUUUUGGUUAUCACCCGGACCGCCCUAUCCUCAAGAACGCAAGCUUUACGAUUCCUGCUGGCCAGAAGUUUGCUAUCGUGGGACCCAGUGGCUGUGGCAAGUCGACCAUCCUGAGACUACUGUUCCGGUACUAUGAUGUCCAAGAGGGCCGCAUUCUAGUUGAUGGUCAGGACGUGCGGGAUGUGACUCUCGAAAGCUUACGGAAAGCCAUUGGUGUUGUGCCCCAGGAUACCCCGCUCUUCAAUGACUCGAUCGCACACAACAUUCGCUACGGAAGAAUCGACGCUACUGAUGAAGAAGUGCGCAAGGCAGCACAGCGGGCGCACAUCCACGAACUGAUCGAGAAACUACCCGAGGGAUACAAGACCGCUGUUGGUGAACGAGGAAUGAUGAUAUCCGGUGGUGAAAAGCAGCGGUUAGCUAUCUCACGACUGAUAUUGAAGGACCCUGAACUCCUGUUCUUCGAUGAAGCUACAUCGGCUCUUGACACAUACACGGAGCAGGCCUUAUUACAGAACAUCAACAGCGUCCUCAAAGACAAGGCACGCACAAGCGUUUUUGUGGCUCAUCGACUGCGAACAAUCUGUGACAGCGACCAAAUCCUUGUACUAAAGGAGGGCCGCGUGGCAGAAACAGGGUCGCAUCGUGAACUUCUUGAGCUCGAUGGCAUCUAUGCUGAGCUUUGGAACGCCCAAGAAAUGUCUUUUGCGCAAGAUCCAGAGAGCGAAGGUAAUGCCGAGCUUGAGGAAGGUGCUGGACAAGAGGUGCUGCCAGACUCUAGACAAAAGUGA